GAGUGCAGUUUUCAGGAACCAAAACGUACGGUACCACCACCACCGUGGUGCGCGAAACAAGGGGUACUCCGUCGCCAUCGGAAGGACUACUGUCGGUACGCCGUUCGAUUGAUGCGUCGGUGUUUUUGUUUGGCGACAAGCAUGAUUGUUUACCGCGAUGACGAUCCGAUUUGUUUGGUGUCUGGUUUUGAUUGACGUUGUUGCUGGCGCCCAAUUAAUGAACUGUCCAACAUCGGACAUAAAAUUCGAAAAGAUCCUAGGUCUAAGACCACCACCCUCUAGUCACCCCUUAGCCCUUUAUCAAGCAGCAAACAAAACAAUACCCGUUACCGCCGAAUGCAUUUCAAGAUGCCAUUCGAACGACGAAUGCCGAAGCUUCGUCAUUUACUACAACACAUCUUCCUGUUUCUGGUUCAAAAUCUCCAGUGAGGGCGGCCAGGAAAUCGAGAGUGUGGUGGACAACGACGUCGCCUGGUUCGUUAAGGUUUGCCUAACCGAUCCAACAAACUGCAAAAAGCUAUGGACGUUCGAGAGAAUACCGGGAUCAGUUUUGAUAGGGAACGACACGAAGGUGAUCGAAAAACUGGUCACGAGGACUGAUUGCGAACAACACUGCCUCAACGAGACUUCAUUCAGAUGCAAAUCGACGAAAUUUAGGAUUAAACGAUCGAAUUACGGACCCAAUGCUCAGACUACUGGUGUCUGUGUCUUAAGCGACGCAGACAGGCAUCUCCUGCCCAAUUCGUACAGAGUAUCGAGCUUCGAUGAGGAGUACUUCGAGAACCAAUGUGCGGAAGGCGACCUCCAAUCAAAUUCGUCUCAGUUCUGCGCCUUCGAAGAGUACGUGAACUCCUCCCUGGCCCACAACGACGUCUUGUACGAGCGGAAGACGAAGCAGGAAUGCGAAGACCUGUGCGAGAGGACCACCAGUUUCAACUGCAGGGGCUACAGCACCCUGAAAUUAAACAACAGGUUCAACUGUUACCUCCACAGCGAGGACACCAAAAUACACGGACCCAAACUGCUGACCUCAAACUCCCAAUCGACUUAUUAUGAAAAGGCUCGAUGCAUUAAUAUCACGGUGAACUGCAGUGAGACCUACAUGACGGUCAGGUACAACCCAGAGACCGACUUCCAGGGGAGGAUCUACAUGGAAGGGUACUCGGACCAUCCGGAGUGCUACGCCAGUGGUCAAGGGAAGAACACGGUGGUGUCACUCAAGUUACCCCUGUUGACGAGCCAAUGUGGAAUCACCAAGGCAAAUGGUGACCUAAACAGGACCUUAAUGGCUGGCACUUUGGUGCUUCAGUACAACUCCUUGAUACAAACGCAAGGCGACAGGUUGAUUAAAGUCGGCUGCAUAUUCGGGAACGAAAGUAAAAUAUUGAUAGGAACGGGAGUCACAAUUUCAUCGUCGAUUCCCAAUAAGGGGAGUGUCAUUGUGAACACCGCCACUAACACAACUUCAAAUCCGACUGUUGAAAUGAGAGUUUUGGACUUACACACCCACGAGGAAGUGAGCGACACUCAAAUCGGUCAGGAACUUCAACUGAUUAUUGAGGCAAAGAUCAGCGACGGAAUCGAUAUUUGGGCAAGUCAUCUAGUGGCAAUGACGGAGAAAAGUGACGAGUCAAUCUUCCUGCUGGACGACCGAGGUUGUCCGACCAAUCUCAACAUAUUCCCAGCCCUACAGAAGACAAGGAACAACGACACCGUAACGUUAACUGGCACUUUUCAAGCAUUUAAGUUCGCCUCCUCCCCAAUCGUCAGGUUCAGUGUUAUCGUGCAGUUUUGCACUGAACAAUGCAAACCUAUCGACUGUGGGAACAAUAUAGAGUCCUUUGGUAGAAAGAAACGGGAAAUUGUGAUGCACAAAAUCCAAACCGUUAAUGGGACAGCCAUUGUAAGAAUCAACAGGUCCCAAUUCGAGUCCAGAUCGACGGUAAUCAAUCAAAUGCCUCUGGAAUAUGUUAUGGUCGUGCGAGACCUCAAGUCUGUUUCAGAUAAGCUGGUUAACGGUGACCAAACAUUAAUUGCGGGAUAUGACAUAGCAAACAAUGCGGUGUGCUUGGAUUUCUCCUUGGUAAUUGGUUUGAUAAUAACCUGGAUAAUCGUACAAAUUAUCUUCGUGACAUGCUGCAUAAUCCUUGUCAGGAGAUACAAAAGAUAUUACGAACACGAGUGCACGACCCAGUCUUUGGAGGAGCUGCACAAAAACUUUGGGAUUGGCUUCAGCAAUCUGGAAAAUAAACGUGUACAUUGGGCUGAUCAUGAUGACAUGACUUAAGCUUGUUCUUUAAGUACAAUAUCUUGUAAAUAAAUAUUACUAGUCUUUUAA